AUGACUCAUGAUUCUGGAAAAAAGAAGAAGGGAGGCUCCAAGAUCAUCACCCCAGAACACAAUGUGAAGAUUGUGAGUGCCACUGCAUCGUUGUCAAAUCCCUCUGGGGUUCCCCAUAAAGCUGCAAGUGAUAUCCAUGCUCCAACUGGAUCAGCCAAACCAAGAAGAAGAAGCCUACGUAUCAAGCAUGUAGCUCCUAAGAGAGGACCCAGUAAGAAUUUGGGUAUAAAAAAUAUUUCUGAUGAUGAGGAUGAUCAAAAUCCAAAUCUUCCAGAUGUUGUGAAUCAAGAAACGAAUGAGGCUCUUGAGAAGCUUGCAAAUGUAGCUACUGCUGCGAAUGUUGAACCAGAUGUUAAACUGACACAUCAAUCCUCUCCCUCUGGUUCUAUUGUCAAGUCUCAUGCUUCUAGUCAAACGGAGCACGAUGAGGAUGAAACCUCUGCACAUGAAGUUUUUUUCUCUGAGGAGGUUUCUGUUCGGAAAACCCCCACUUCAUCCACCAAAAAGGGUAAAGAAAAGAAGGUGAUUGCAUCUGAUGAAGACUCUGAUGGAGAAUUGCUCAUCAAAAAGGUCCCUGUUCCUGUUAGUGGUGUCAAGAAGAAGGAUGCAAACAUAACGAAGCAGAAGAACGUAGGAUCUGCUGCUAAAUCUUCAAAGAUUUCCAGAGGUUCUCAUAUUCCAAAAUCUGGAAAGAAAAGAAGACAUGUGUCUGAUCCUGACUCCGAGGAUGAUGUCGAGCCAGAUGUCCUAGACAUCACCACUGCCAGAAAACAGAUGAAAGGUAAGAAAAUUCCUCAACAUGUUCCUGAUGCUCCUGUGGACAAUGUGUCCUUUCAUUUUUCAGACUCUGCUCAGAGAUGGAAAUAUGUGGUUCAAAGGAGGCUUGCUAUUGGAAGGGAACUACAUGAAGAUGCCUUGGAACUCAAGGAAAUUAUGGAACUUAUCUCUGCUGCUGGUUUGAUGAAGACUGUCAAGGAUCUUUGCAUAUGUUUUGACAAGCUUGUUAGGGAGUUCAUUGGGAACAUCCCUGCUGAUUGUGAUGAUGCCUCCAGUGCUGACUACAGGAAGGUGUUUGUGAGGGGGAAGUGCAUCAACUUCUCUCCUGAAGUGAUCAAUGAAUUUUUGGGCAGAAGCCCUAUUGAUGUGGCAUAG